CUCAGGGCAGGUUAUCCUUAAUCGAUCACUCUGCAAUCGGCUUUUUGGCUGCCUACCUUUUUGCCUGUCAUGGCGACUCCGAGGGAGGAGGCACGUGGCCUGUUCAGCCGGGGUAUAGAAGCCGUGCUGGGAAGCUGGCCUGUUUUGCAGAUCGCAGUGGACAAUGGCUUUGGAGGGGCAUACAGUCAAGAGAAAUCUGAAUGGAUGGUGGGAGCUGUGGAGCAAUACUUCCAAAACAAUGCUGAUCUGGAGCCAGAGGAAGUGGAGGAUUUCCUUGCUGAGCUGAUGAACAAUGAAUUUGACACCAUGAUAGAAGAUGGUAGCUUGGCCCAGGUAAGCCAGCAACUCUGUCUGUUCUUCAGUCAGUGCCAGCAGGGAGAAGGAGCAGCAGUGUGUGAAGCCAUUGUCCAGCUGGCCCAGAAGAAGCAAGAGGCCAGGACAGCAGCUGCAAGAUCCCAGGCAGCUGAGGAAAGCAGCAGUGAGGAGGAGCAGGAACCCAAGGAAGAGGCCAUGGAAUGCAGUACUGCUCCCAUCAUGAAUGGCCCACAGUCCAGCUUGCCUUCUUGCUCAGACCCUGAUGCUGAAGCUGGUUGGACCUUGGUGAGGAAGAAAAAGAAAUGAACAACACAAGACAGACACAAUGACUGCAGGACUCCUUGUUGGGCUAAUACAGCAGUGCUGUGGUUAUGUGAGGAAACAGAACUCUGUGCUUCCAAGGCUUGGAUCUUUAUUUUCAAAGCUAGGAAAGGAGCAAUUUAAGAUUAUGGAGGCGUUUUCAGUUUUGGUGUGCUAGGCGCUGAGCCUGAAGGAUGCUGCGCAAACACACACUUUUGUCCCUGAUAUUGCAGAGGCUUACCUGAAUCGAGUAGGAGCUGGGUUCAGUGGUGUAAAGGCCUUAAGAUCCUUGAAGCUGUUUCAUCUUUAGCCUCAGCCACUUUCCUGUGGCUUGUGAUGGCCAUAAACAAUGAAGUCGAUUCCUUAUUCAAGGAAAAACUCUUUCCCCACCACACUUUAUUUUAUUUUUUUGGAGGCCCUGGCUUCAAGAUGUCUGUGGCUGCUUCUCAGCCCCUUCGACCAGGAAGAGUGCUGGAAGACAAGACCAUCCCAUACCCAGAGUGGAAAGAUUGUGCUCUUAUUCAAAGAAAGAGAUGAGUAUAACAGAAAAACAAAAUCCUGUAUUUAAAAAAAUUAUGGACAAUGGAAAACAAAAUACAACAAUGAAACUAGAAAGUAAAAUGGACAAUACACAAAUCUUGGGUUGUGGGACAGGGUGCUUCUGUCAAAAGAAGUACCCCUUCCCUAACCUCUGUAGUGGCCAGCCACUGUACAUGAGCAACAAUAAAAUAUUAUUUUGGUAA